AGCAAACAAAAAAUCACUAAAAAAUUAUGGGUGUCAAAUGUGGUUUACUUUUCUCAGCAUUAGUGCUAAUUCUCCUAGCACUAAAACUAGAAGCAGGGGGAAUUGUAAUUUAUUGGGGCCAAAAUGGGAAUGAAGGUAGCUUAGCUAGUACUUGUGCAUCAAAUAACUAUGUCAUUGUCAAUAUUGCAUUCCUUGUAGUAUUUGGUAAUGGGCAAAAACCAGUAUUGAACUUAGCUGGUCAUUGUGAUCCUAGUGCUGGUGCAUGCACUGGUUUGAGCAAUGAUAUUAGAGCAUGUCAAAGAAGAGGCAUUAAAGUUAUGCUCUCCCUUGGUGGUGGUGCUGGAAGCUAUUACCUUUCUUCUGCUGAUGAUGCCAGGAAUGUAGCAAACUAUUUAUGGAACAACUAUCUUGGAGGUCAAUCAAAUUCACGUCCACUAGGGGACGCAGCUCUAGAUGGAAUCGAUUUCGAUAUUGAAGGUGGAACAACAAAACACUGGGAUGAACUAGCAAGAGCCCUCUCGGGAUUCAGUCGACAAAGAAAAGUAUACUUAAGUGCAGCUCCACAAUGUCCAUUUCCAGAUGCAUGGCUAGAUGGGGCACUCAAAACUGGCCUAUUUGACUAUGUUUGGGUUCAAUUCUACAACAACGCUCCAUGUCAAUACUCUCGUGGGAACGUGGAGAAUCUAAAAAGUUACUGGAACAAAUGGAUCGCAAAUAUUCAAGCUGGAAAGAUUUUUCUAGGAUUGCCGGCAUCUCCAAGAGCAGCUGGAAGUGGUUUUAUACCAUCUCGUGUUCUUGUUUCUAAGGUUCUACCAGCAAUUAGUGGUUCGCCAAAGUACGGGGGUGUUAUGCUUUGGUCUAAAUUUUAUGACAAAGGUUAUAGCUCUGCUAUAAAGCCCAAAGUCUGAGAUAUAUGGCCAUAUAUAGUGGGUCAUUUUGUAUUAAUAUGAUGAAUAAUGUUAUAUAGUACUGAAUAAAGAGGCUUUCACAGUUCUUGUUUUAUAUGUAGUUUGAGAUAUAUGGCCAUAUAUAGUGGGUCAUUUUGUAUCAAUAUGUGAAUAAUGUUAUAUAGUGCUGAAUAAAGAGGCUUUCAUAGUUCUUGUUUUCUAUGUGUGUAUAUACGCCUCGAGCUCUCUUUCUGGGUGGAUACGUGAGAAAUUCACUAUGAACAUUGACAUAGCAUAAAACAUAAGAGUACGAUGUGCAAGACCAAAUGAAAUACAUCUCAUAUGACACAUAAAAACAUAAAAGGUACAUCUUUUUUGAUAUUUUCAUUUUUCAGAAUGUAAAGUACAUCUUUUUGUGUUUUUCAUUUCUUCAAAGUGAAAGAUACAACAAUAUAGUAGAUUCAGAUACAAAGAUCUGACAUCAAAUUCCGUAUAACAUUGACAACUCGAUUUAUUCACCUUCGAGGCCCCUCUAAUAGCUCUUAUGGCUAUGAAAACAAACUACUUUGGCAGCAUGCCAAGACACUCAACUACAAGAUUACUACACAAUAAACCCGAUUACUGCUCGAGUCACGGCAAAAAGGAAAGUUU